GCUGGUCACCCAGAGAAACACUCCAGCAGCCAAAGUCCUACCUUUGCCCUCCACGCCUGCGGUCUUAAGUACAGCCUUGUCCAUGGCUUGAAUUACAUGGUGUUGGAUCAACCUUCUCAUUGGCCCUCCCCAGCCAUGCCCCUCCCCACAUUUCCUCUGACCCGAGUGGUACCCAGAUGUUCCCAGUCUGUUGCCUGACUCCUCCGUGGUCCGGCCCCUCCCCAGGGAUUCCCUCUCCAUGGUCCUGCCCAUCACUUCCUUCCACUGCCACCAACCGUGUCAUCUUUUGCCUGAGUGAUGUCAUCUAUUCUACAAGGACUUCUUUGGUGGCACUAGGCUCAAUCUGUUAGGUGGAUUGGAAAGAGAUGGGCUUUAAAGUGACACAGACCUGUUUGAACCCUGGUUCCACGUUCCCUCGCUGAGUGGUCUGGAACGCUGCCUUCCCUCCAGGAACCUCAGUUUGGCCACCACCUGGAAGUGGCCGUGUCAUGCCUCCUGUGAAGGUUCCUGAUGAUGCGUACCCAGGCAGGACAUCAUCCGUAGUUGGCACUCGGUACAUGGUGGCCAUCCUCAUUUUUAUUAGACACGUAAAGACGCGUUUUUAUUAGAUACAGAAGGAAAUAGAACGCAAGAUGUCUGCCCCCCAGAGGCUAAAUGCUAGUUGACACUAACAGGAGCCAGAGUAAAGAGUCCCCAAAUAACAAUAAAGCCAUGUCACAAGUUAAGUGUUCGCAGUAAGUGCUCUAGGCAUUCGUGUGAGAGAUCCUCGUGCGUUGGAUUUGUCAAAGAUUUUGCUUUGUGCUGCAUUGUCAGUAAAGUGUAGACUUCAGUGCUAAUGAGGGGGGGUGCUGGAUGGGGAGGCAUUCCAGGCUGAGGGAAAACUUCAGGGCGGGACAGUCGACGUGACUGGAGUCAGCAGACCAGCCUGGUGACAGUGAAGGGCUUAUGUGUGGGAGCGGCAAGAAAGUUGGAUCUGGUUGGGGUGCACCUCAGAAGCAGCUAGAACUUCUUUACCCUGUCCAUAGGGACCUAUGGAUGGUUCUUGAGUUGAAGGGUGGCACAGUAAGCAUGAAAGCAGUAUCACAACGAGAUGAGGAGCAGUUGGGGAUGGCUGGGUCGGUGAGAGAGACUGGAAAUGGAUGACACUGGGCCGGGCCGGUGUGAUGUAGCCAGGGGUCAGGCUGUCACAGACUUUUCCAGCCAGGCCGGAACUCAGGUCAUCUGGUUCUCUGGACUCAAAGAUGAGUCACCUAAGGAGCUUUAAGGAAAGAACAGAUUCACGUGCCCUGCUCCCGUCGAUGCGUUUUGUAGGCGUGCCCCAGGAGACCACGAUGUGGCACCAGGUUUGGGAACCAUGAAUUAGUCUGACCCUUACACUUCCGCAAACUAACAAAUAUAACUCAGAGAGGUGAGUUCACCAAGGUCACACUGCUCCUUAGUGACGGAGGAGACCCCAAGGGGACACUCUGGGUGUGGGCCUUCAGCCCCUUGCUCUCGGCUGGGCCAUUCCAGUGCUCAAGGAGAGGCAAGCUCCAGGAAAACCCACUUCAGACACACUCCCCCAAAGGCUGCUCUGCUUCUCCAGAGGUGAGCACCGUUCACUGGUUCCCUGUACAGGAAACCCUCUCUUUCUGAACUGGGAUUUUUCACCUGGCUGUAGAAGCAAGAGCUGGAGAGGAGGGGGCUGGAGAGACUGCAGGAAGGAACACAAAGUCCCCCCAGUGGAAAGCCUGAGAGCAGGGGAAGCUCAGAGGAGACGAGUGGAUGAUUCGGAAGGUGAAGGUGGAGGAAGAGGAUCAGGAGGCAGAAGAGGUCGAGUGGCCGCAGCAUCUGGCUUUACUCCCCGGCCCCUUUCCUGCACCUGACCUGGGGCCUCUGGCCGCUGCGUAUAAGCUGGAACCUGGAGCCCCAGGGGCACUGGGUGGGCUGGCACUGGCCGGGUGGACUCAGGCCGCAGAGAAGCCCUACGGCUGCGGGGAGUGCGAGCGGCGGUUCCGGGACCAGCUGACCUUGCGGCUGCAUCAGAGGCUGCACCGCGGAGAGGGCCCCUGCACCUGUCCGGACUGCGGCCGCAGCUUCUCGCAGCGCGCGCACCUGGUGCUGCACCAGCGCAGCCACCUCGGUGAGCGACCGUUCCCGUGCUCCGAGUGCGACAAGCGCUUCAGCAAGAAGGCCCACCUAACCCGCCACCUGCGCACACACACGGGCGAGCGGCCCUACCCGUGCGCAGAGUGCGGCAAGCGCUUCAGCCAGAAGAUACAUCUGGGCUCACACCAGAAGACUCACACCGGCGAGCGCCCCUUUCCCUGCACCGAGUGUGAGAAGCGCUUUCGCAAAAAGACACACCUGAUCCGCCACCAGCGCAUCCACACCGGUGAGAGGCCCUACCAGUGCGGGCAGUGCGCACGUAGCUUCACGCACAAGCAGCACUUGGUGCGGCACCAAAGGGUGCACGAGGCGGCCUGCCAGUCCCCUCUGUCUCCCGACGCGCCCGCCUCUCCGGGUUCCCCUGCCCCGUCCCCGACCCCAUCCCCUCCCGGACCCAAGCCUUUCGCCUGUUCCGACUGUGGCCUGGGCUUCGGCUGGAAGAAGAACCUCGCUACGCACCAGCGUCUGCACCGCAGCGAGGAGGGCCCUUUCGGAUGCCACGAGUGCACACUGGGCGCCGCCGCCGACCCUGCAGCCGCCGAUCCCCUGGCCUGCGCGCACGGAAGCACAACGGCUCCCCAGGACGCUCCGGCCAGCGAGCGGUCCUACUCUUGCCCGGACUGCGGGCGCGGCUUCGCCCACGGGCAGCAUCUGGCGCGACAUCGGCGGGUGCACACGGGCGAACGGCCCUUCGCCUGCGCGCAGUGUGGGCGUCGCUUCGGCUCGCGGCCCAAUCUGGUCGCCCAUUCUAGAGCCCACAGCGGCGCCAGGCCUUUCGCCUGUGCGCAGUGCGGCCGCCGCUUCAGCCGCAAGUCUCACCUGGGCCGCCACCAGACGGUGCACACGGGCAGUCGGCCUCACUCUUGUGCCAUCUGCGCCCGCAGCUUCAGCUCCAAAACCAACCUGUCCCGCCAUCAGGCCAUCCACACGGGCUCUCGCCCCUUCUCCUGCCUGCAGUGCGGCAAGAGCUUUAGCCGCAAGACCCACCUGGUGCGGCACCAGCGCGUCCACGGGGAAGCAGCCCGCCUGACCUGUGACGCUGACCUCCCCGCCCCAGCCUGGACCGCGGCCGCAGAGGUGGUAGCCUCCCCACUCUUCUUCUGAGCCUGUGCUCAUCAGGCCCUUCCCUGGCCUUCUGUUGCUGCCUGGUUGGAGAGAGCCAGGGCCAAGACCCUGCUGGGCAUUGUUACUCCCCCUCCAUCUGGCAGGAAGAAGUCUGGGAAGGAUACCAGCUUUGACGCUCUGUGACAAAGACCGUGCUGAGUGCACCCUUGCUGGGACUGUUAGGGCUGGAGUCUUUGGAAGGCUCCUACCAAGAGAACCCCGCUGGAGAGAUGUUUCCUGGGCCCUCCUUGAGCGUAGAAGUUAGGGACCUUUGUCGGGGAGGGGAAGAAUGGUCAUCUGUGUACCUACCACGUCAUUAAAGUAAACACUCGAAGGCUCCAGGGCAGGGCUGUUCAUUGAGUUGGGGGAGGCAACCCCUGACUCGAAUCCACACACAGAGGACCUUUCCUUUCCUAUCUGGGUGGAUUCCACUUAGCCAGUGGCUGGUAAUCUCUCUACCAGAUCAAAAUGUGAUACGUUGAAUUGCCAGCCCCUCCCCGCUCCCUGCUCCCUGCUCCUCACUCAGAGAUUUGAUGAGGAAGGAACAUUGGCACGUACAUUUCUCACGCCAGGUGUUGAAGGCCGGAACUGUGCGGAUAGCACAGGGAGGGGGCAGGUAGGUGCCCUUUGCCGUUCCCAUGGAGACGUGCCGCGGAGGGCCCUGGGGCUGGAGAGCUUCUGCCUCUGUAGCUCUCCUGAGGGGACCUUGGUAAAGCAGCCCACCUGCCACUCUGCCUGGCACCACGAGGGAAGACGUUAAUGGCAUAUGACAUUUUUUUCUCAUACUUUUAAUUUUUUUCAUACUUUUAAAAAAGAUUUAUUUAUCUUUAGAGGGGAAGAGAAGGAGAGGAAGAGAAAUAUCAAUGUAUGGUUGCCUCUCGUGCAUCCCCUGCUGGGAACUGGCCUGCAGCCCAGGCAUGUGCCCUGACCGAGAAUCAAACCACGACCCUUUGGUUUGCAGGCCUGUGCUCAAUCCACUGAGCUACGCCAGCCAGGGCUGUCAGGAGUCCCACCCAUCUUGAUAAUGGGUGCUCGAUCCAGAUGUCUCUCUCCGUGGCUGGGCCUCCCCAGCACAAGCAACAGGGAAAGCUGGCUGGCUGGCAGUGAAGGGGAGCAGCCGGAUGUUGGGGACCGAGCUGAACCUGGAGUGAGAAGUCCUGGGUUUGAGCCCUUGGAGCAGGGCAUUCAUUUCCUGGGCCUCUGCUCUCUCAUUGCAAUAAGAUUGUUGAUGUUGGUGAGAGGCAAGGGAGGGGGCAUGAAUGCAGUGAGCUAGCAGUGUCCUGGCCACGAAUGAGUAGGUGGUCCGGGGAAUGUGACAGGGUGGCCACACACAGGGGCCACUGUGUUGCCUUGGCCAUAUUUUAAAUACUUGGGCCUUUCACGCAAAAAUCUGGGCUUCCAGCUUCCCUUGUGAAAAGUCGGGAGAUCCAGCAGCUGUAGCUGGGGCUGAGUGGACCUUGGUCUCGUUACACUAAGAGGCAGGGGCAGGAACGCCGGGUCCGCAGCCCUCGCCGCCCCUUGGCCUCCCCCUGAAGGUGCUGCCUGGCCACUUGGGCUCAUGAUUCACACAAAAGCAACAUUGACCCCCCAAACAUUGGGGGUCCUACCAACGUUUCUCUUUCUCUAAAUGUUCUGAAAUUCUUGUGUAAGAACAGGGUUUAGGUCCUACUGUGUGCUCAGUGAGACCUACUGUGUGUCAGCCAUUCUCAGGAUUUCCCAUUCACUUGAACCUUUCCGACAGUUCCUGGACACAGUAGGUGCUUAUGACAUAACAGCGGCCUCGUUACUUCACCGCUUCUCACUGCAGGAGUUAGGGAGGAGGCACCAGCUUUGGACUUUGCUGCUCGAAUGGACUUUGUCAAGUAAAAUGUGAAAAUCGAGGAAGGGUAUUUCUGGUAGGUGGAACAGCAAGAAAAGUACAUGGGCUCCUGUGGGCAUGGGGGGAGCGAGAAGUCCAGUGAGGUGAGGUGAGGACCGUGAGAGAGAGCAGUUCGCGGUGGGGCCGAGGCCAGCCCGUCGUGGCUCCAGGCCCAUCUCCUAAGGAUGCUGCCCCCACGCCCCUCCCCACAGUGAGCUGGGCUCAAGGAAGAGAAAUCUGGUGAUAGACACAUACACAUUCAUUUUCUAUCCAGGAGCCACUCACAGAAGGACUCCCUGUGCAAGACCCUUGAAGACCUUUCAGGAGGUCCUUAAAGUUGUGUUGAGGAAGGGGAGGGGCCGAGUUCAUGGCUUCUCGGCUUUCCUUUCAGCCCCUAUAAUAUACCAGGCAUCGCUUGGAUCUGUAAUUGCACAUGGCGCCCAGGCUGGAACUGAAGCCCCUUUUCUCCUACCGGAUCCCAGCUUGUCCUUCCUGAGUCAGAACUCUAGAAAGGCAGCUUCCUGCUACUCUGCCGAGGGCCCCUUUCUUCAGGGUUCUGUUGUUCUGCCCCAUCCCACUCUCAACGGUGAACUUCUGCUACCCGGUGAGGGUGCACGAGCCCGCCUGGGGCUCCCGGCACGGGCCCGGCACGCUAUACAUCUCUCUGCAGUGAAAUAAGUACAUGAGAUGUUGCCAGUCUGACUCAGUGUAGGGAGACUCUUUGUGGUAAGUAGGGAGAAGGGCUGAAGGGUAACGGGGAAAGGCCCCCCAAUAAACGGUUCUACGGUUUCACCAACAAAAAUAGUUCCAACACAGAAUCUCCUGGAAACUUAAAAAUAUACCGAUGAUACCCUGGUUACCCUGGUUGGUGUGGCUCAGUUGGAACAUCGUCCUCCAGAGCAAAAGGUCGCUGGUUUGAUUCCUGGUCAGGGCACAUGCCUGGGUUGCAGGUUCGGCCCCACUCAGGACACAAGUGAGAAGCAGCCGAUCAAUAUUUCCCUUCCUUCCCCUCUGCCUGAGAUCAAUAAGCAUGUUCCCAGGUGAGGAUAAAGACAAUUUUUUUGGCAAAGUUGCUUGAAAUAUCUUUUAAUUUUUAUAUAGUCUAGAGUAGCAUGUGGUCACCUCUUUGUCCCUGAGAUUGGUCAUUUGUGCUUUAAAAAAAAAAAUUGGUGAAUGAUACCACAAGUGGGUCAAUUCCAUUUUUUUUUAAUUCUUUUUGGCUUUCUUGAUUAUCUCUAAUACAUGGCCACUAUUUCACAAAUGUUUGCUCUUAUUUUCCCUCAAGUCUUGGUUUCCUUUGCCACCUGUUCGUGCCUCCCUGCGGGUUUGUUUCACACACUCGUUUAGGCCCAUCAUUUCUGAGCACUGGCUUAGCUUCAACCUCCGCCUUUGGUAUGUGGUGCUUCCUCAUCUUUCUGUUCAACCUAUUUCCCUUCUUCAUCGACACAUGGGUUAUUUAGGAGCAUAAUUCUUCCAUGAAAAUGUCUUUUUUUUUUUAUUGGCUUCUAGCUUAAAAGCUACAGUAUGGUCAAAUAUUCAGUAAAAUACUUCCAAAUUUGUGUGGUCUUA